UCAGCUGUUUUGCAGCUUGUGUGCAUUUGUAGCGUUGAAGAACAAUGGCAAAACAAAGUUCUGUGAUAUAUAAUUAUAUUUAUUUGUUUUUAAUAUAUUUGUUAUCAUACAAUGAUGCAAAAGUGUAUCACCCGGUGGUCAUUAUCCACGGUGUGCUAACCGGGAAUAUCAGCAUGAAACUUAUCAGUGAUAGAAUCCAAGAGAUGCAUCCGGGAACUCCAGUUUACAACACUGUUAGAUUUGCGGGCUGGAGCAGCCUGGAACCAAUGUGGCAACAGGUAGAGGAAGUAGGCAUGGAUGUAAUUUCUAUAGGCGCUGCAUUUCCCGAAGGAAUUAAUUUAAUAGGCUACAGUCAAGGUGGUUUAUUAGCUCGAGCGAUAUUGCAGAGGUUUCCUAUGCACAACGUAAGAAAUUUUAUUUCUUUGAGUUCACCGCAAGCAGGACAAUACGGAACAAAUUUUCUGCAUCUAAUCUUUCCAGGUCUGGUUUGUGAAACUGCUUACGAACUUUUUUAUUCACGACUUGGGCAACACACUAGUGUUGGAAAUUAUUGGAAUGAUCCUUAUCAUCAAAAACUGUACUAUGAGUAUAGCAAAUUUUUGCCAUAUGUUAACAAUGAAAUUAAACUAUUUAACAAUUCUGACUUCAAAUCGGGUCUUAUUAAGUUAGAACGUAUGAUACUUAUUGGAGGACCAGAUGACGGAGUUAUUACUCCAUGGCAAAGUAGUCAUUUCGGAUAUUAUGAUAGUAAUCUCACUGUGAUAGAAAUGUUUAACAGAUCUGUUUAUAAAGAUGAUACGAUAGGUUUAAAAACAUUAAAUGAACAAGGAAAACUAGAAAUUAUUACUGUCCCAGGAAUUCAACAUUCUGACUGGCAUAAAAAUAUUUCUAUUGUAGAUCAAUUUUUAUUACCAUAUUUAGAUUAAAAUAUAUAUAAGAUAUAAAGAAGAA